CCUGGAUUCCACUCCGGGUUUUUGCGCUCGCACCCCCCUCUUUGAGCUGCUACCUCUACAUAGGGAGAAAAAAACACAACAUAAAGGGGAGAAAGCGUAUAGACCAUGAUCGCAGCUUUUGGAAAUGAACACCCCGAAUCCAGCUACCCUCAACCGAACCCGAACACGGUGAUCCACCCGGAGGGAGCACUCUCCUCCCCUUCCCCCGCGGAAAACGAACCCCUCUUUAUCAGGAACAUCUCGUUCAGGAGGAAUUCGCACACGUCCACCGGCAGCGGCAACCCGGAGGACAGCAGCAUCAAGCCCCUCGUCCCCACCUCAGCCGGCGCCGCCACACAUAUCAUGACUGCGGGCGAGUUUCUGCCGGCCGCCCCGCUGUACGCUCGCCGCUCUGCGCUCAGCCUGUUCUACAAGCUCCUGUGCUUUCUCAUCCUGACCCUCCAGGGCGGCGUUCUGGAUUUCUACCUGAUCGUCUUUACGGAUCUCUACUGGUGCUCGUGGAUCGCAACGGACCUGGUGGUCAUGACGGGCUGGGGGAUCUUCUUCCUGAAGAACGCCAGGAGCAAGCGGGAGCGAGCCUGUAGCCUCCACCAUCAGCAGCACCCGCAGAAGGGCGCCCUGUUCAACGGGUUCAACCUCGGCGAGUUCACCUUCGCCUACCUGGCCUGGCUCAUCUACGUGAUCGCCUGCACCCCCAAAGUGGUGCUGAUCCUGGAGACGUCCAUUCUGGACCUGAUCGAGCUCAAGGUUCCCCUGGGGAUCACCGGCUUUAAAAUCACCAUGACGCUCUCCGCGCCUCUGCUCUACUGCCUGAUCAAUGCCAUCACAGAGGACUCGACCGGCGCCACACGCUACCACUCCCAGAGCUGCUACGUGAGCACCUGCCUCGAUCUGCUGGACAGCUUCACCUUGAUCGAGCUGCUGCUGACGAACGAGAUCCCGACCGUCUACCUCAAGUACACCGUGAUCGCAGUCUAUUUCCUGGCGCUGAGCGUGCCUGUCCUGUGGCUGUACGAGCUCAACUCGGCGCAGCUGGAGUGCAAGUGGAUCUGGGCGCGCUUCUUCUCCGGGGUGCUGGUCAACGCGCCCCUCCUCAUGGUGCGCUGUUUCCUCGUGUACGUCUACCAGCUCCCGGUGUCCGUCUUUAUGUUCAAGAACAUGUUCUUCCUGGUGUGCCGCUUCUUGGAGCUGGCGGAGCAGUGCGCCACGGUGAAGGGAGCUCGGAAGUACACGAACGCCAACCCCGGAGCCUUUACCCACUGCGUCUCGGAGAACGACAUGAUGUGCCCACACGGAUAUGCCAACACGCUCGCCCUCACUACUCAGAAUUAACAGCAACUUUGUAUUUUGGGAGCAUCGUUUUUUUUUUUGUUUGUUUGUUUUAUAGUCGGGGGGCCACACUGGUUUCCUCACAGUCUCGGACCAUUUCUAUCAAGUCCUCAAACUGAACAGGUGCUAGAACAGGACAGCCAGGCAGCACAGUUGCUGGUGGCAUUAAACUAGCAGUCAGUCCUGACCAAAGCGCUUAGUAGCAGGACGAGUGGGAUCACAUGUCCUGUUUUGUAUUUGCUACUGUAUGAAGUUGGAAGUUGGUACGAUUGGUAUGUAUGUAUGUAUUCAUUGUGUUUGUUUGCUCCCCCCACCCCACCCCACCCUACCCCACCACACCCCACCCCACCCCACGCCCGUUCAGUUGUGAAUUUGCACAAUAACAUUGGUGUGGUUUUGCCAUUUCACCGUUAUUUAUACCAGUAGUCCAUGCACGAAAUGUAAUGUUUAAAAACGUAGUAAAUGAUACAUUUUUGAUACAUUGAAUUCAAGCGUGUGCGUGUGCGUGUGAGUGUGCGUGUGAGUGUGCGUGUGCGUGUGCGUGUUGGAGACUGUGCUACCUCUCCUGCCUGCAGGUAAUUGGAAAUACAGCAAUGAAAUAAAGCAGCACCGUAUUCUCUCUAUACAACACACAAGUACACCUUGUUUUUAAGUAUGUUUUUUUAUACCUAAGAGGUACAACACGCGACCCCCACCCCCAGCCCCUACACGUUUAAAAUAAAGAUAAUGAGAUGCAGUAGUUUUGUAAUAUAAAAAAUUAACUAAAUAUAUAAUAUAUCACCAAUAAGUGCUGUUAAGUGCUUAAGAGAGUUUUAAGGCAGAGUUACACAAAUAUAUGAAACUUUUUAUUAUUUUUAUUUAUUCGGUUUGUUCAUUGCACCAGUGUCAGAAGGAGAGAGGGGAUAUUAACCAGCUUAAGUCAACCCUGCUGAUCGUCACAGGAGCUUGGCUAAAUGCAGUACAUUCCAUUCGUUUUUUUUAGGGCAUUGGUCACUCAAUAGCUAAUUAAAGUACACUACGUAUGUAACACACACCUUUUCGUUUUGUAUUUGCUAUGUUUAUUCUGAAGACCUAGCUUGUGUGAUCCAAUGUAGUCUACGAUUUUUAAAAAAUGUAUCCUCACUGAAAAAAAAAAAAAAUCCAUUUUAAAUAUGGCACAGCUAUCCUUGGAUCCUUGGAGUAGCUUUUUAAAAAGUAUCACAUUCCCAGACUACAGAAUAGCCGAGAUGAAGAUCAGUGAUGCUGGUAUCUGGUAUGUUAUGCAGCACUAGAAUUCACUAGGGAUCAUAAUUUAUGCUGUUUAAUAUUUUUGAAAAUAUGGUAAAAGAACAGCAAUUCAAAUCCUAGACAAAAGCAAUAUGACAGUUGUAUCAGUAUGAACGUAGCCUUGGAGACCUGGUUGCAGGAAGCACCUGGGGCAUUCGUUUUUUAAUUAUUGCUCAGAGUAGUUUCUUGCUUGUUAUACCACGAGUGUUUUAUUCCUCACUAAUAACGUGCAAUGCCUUUGCCCUCGGUCUGUGUGUGUGUGUGUGUGUGUGUGUGUUCCACGAAGUAAUGCACAGUCGGGUUAGGUGUAAGUUCCAUUAAUGCACACUAGGGGGCAGACUUCUCCAGGUUUCUCUCCAAAAUGUAUUUUGGAACCUGGAAAAUCAGACAGCUAAUUCUACACUAAUAGCAGAGUGGCGUGCAGCGUUUAAGGACUCUGUGCAUAUAAAGCCUCUUUCACACUGGCAUGCUCUACCUGGGUCAUAACCUACCCAGGUGUCAUGCGGGUCGGCCACGCAAUUUCACACUGCUUUUGAUAAAGCAGGGUUGACCUGGAUGACAGACGCAAGUACACAAUGCGCGUAUCAAUGCCCUGGAAGCAACUUGUUACAGACGCUUCCAUCCAAGCUUCUCUGGAUUGAACCGUCGGCUCAAAUGUUAAUUAGAGCAAAUGUUUCUUCAUCCCUGCUGCAAUCUGGCUCAUGCUGUGUCUCAGUCAACAAAAAUAUGGCUAAACAGAAUAAACAGUGAAGAACAACUCACUUUUGUUUUACCACAAAUUGUUAACCUGGCCCUUCAAUUCAGAUUGUUAACCUUGCUCUAAAGGAGACCCCCAGUUCAUCACAAUCCCAUCUUGGUUGGUGCAGCAGUGUCUUUCACUGCAGAAAGGCAAUAUGACUGAUGGUACUACCUUCUGUUCCACUGUGAUUUUUUUUUUUUAAGAAUUACUGUUCACAGCAAUAGCACAAAUAAAUAAAUAAAAAACAGUAUUUGGUCAGGUAAGAACAGCUUUUUUAAAAGUCGGAUGUCAUAAUAAUUCAAACAAUCAUUUCAACACAUAUUGUACAGCUGUCUCAAACCAGCCAGGUGCUCACAGACCUGUUCUGAUAUAAACUAGAUAGAACUUAGCAGGGUUAGAAACUCACACUAGCCCUGCUGCAUCAGUCCUGGGUUUCAGAACUCCCCUCUAUGAAGGAUCUACAGGAGCUGUAGGGUUUAUUUAACAGCUCACACUCCUGGCUCUCGAUCAUGAAAACAAUGCACUUCAUUAAGAGUACUGGGAGCAGGACUAGUUUGAGUUUCUAACCCUGAUGCUCAUCUCCUCCUUUAUCCUGUAAAUAGUGUAGAAGAGGAAGAGGUGGCACUUCCUAAGGGGGGUCAAGACAGGAGCCUUAGUUUCCUUUUGAAGUCGAAUGAAAUUGCUGUCCAAAUCUUUUUAUUCUCAUUAUUCUCGUUAUUUAUUUAUUUAUUACUUUUUUUGUGCAUGGUUGUAUUUUUUUCUGUAAAUGUGUUUUAAAAGCAGAGUUUCUCUCUGUCAGAUGUUUGUAUCGUGGUUUUAUUGCAACCUCAAUCCUGCCACCUGUUUGGAGGGUUCACUGUUUUACAAUAAAGUGUCGAGUUAUGA